AUGCGUACCACAUUCUUUGCUUUGGCAGCUUUGCCGUUCUUUGCCAUCGCUCAAGACCCUGUUCCUGAGCCUAUUCCUACUACUACUACUACUACUUCGGAGGUUUUUGUACCACCUGCUGUUCUGCCCACCACCACCAGCGAAGCUAUCUUCAUCCCAGAGACCACCCCAGAAGUCGUUCCUGAAAAUCCCGAGACCACCUCUCAGGUGCCCGACGUCCAGGAUACGACUACUGGGCAACCUUUUAUCCAAGAUACCUCUUCGCUGCCCCCGCCUCCUCCUUCUUCAGACACUGCCACAGAGCAGCUACCUCAAGACACUACCACUCAACAGUUCGUACCUGUCGUGGAUACAACCACAGAAAUCCCCUUCGUGAUUGACACAACGGGCGGCCCUGAUCCUGCCAUUGACACAUCGACUGAGUUGCCACCUCAAAUCGUUGAUACAACCAGUGGGUUGCCUCCUCCUGCAAUUGAUACGACUACUGUCCCUACCCCUAUCGACACAUCGACUCAGCUACCGCCUCAAAUCAUCGAUACCACCACAGGCCCUGCUCCCAUCAUUGACACAUCUACUGGCCCUGCCCUUGUUGACACGUCCACCGGGCUGCCGCCUCCAGUUGAUACGACUACUGAACCUGCGAUUGAUGUCUCCACCAACCAGCCUGAGGCUACUUCUCAAGUGGUUGAACAAGACACCACUACAGAUGCGCCAGCGCCAGUUGUGCCUACAACGUCAGAGGUCAUCCCGGGCCUUCCAGAGACCACGUCUGAGGAGGCUCUCGUUGAUACCACAACCGCGGUCGACCAGCAGCCCGUCGAGACUACCACACAGCCUGAACCGAAGCCCACUUCUGAGGAAGAAGCCAAGCCCACUUCUGAGGAAGAAGCCAAGCCCACUUCUGAGGAAGCCAAGCCUACAACAAACAAAGUUGAACAAGAUCCUUCCAGCAAGGAAGAGGACUCGCCUGUGAUUACACAAGCUCCUGCACCCACUACAGCUCCACCCGAAGCCACCGCCAGUGUAUCAUCAGUAUCAUCUCAGAUCGCUUCCCUAAUCCCCGUCAUCGACAAGUGGAAAGAGGAUCCCGAGUCUCUCAAGGACCAAACCAACAAGGAGGUCGAGGACACUCAUGAUGAUAUCAUCGCUGUUAUUGUUGCACUCGGCGGCAGUCCCGAUGUUGGCUGUUCUAACAAGAAGCGUGGACUUCUGGGCCCAAUUGGAGAUGUCAUCAACAAGCUAGCUUGUAUGGCUGAGGACCUUACUAAGGUGUCGGGCGGUAUCAUCGCGGGCAACGUCCCUGCUGUGACGGGUGCUGUCUCGGGCGUUCAAGGCAAGAACGACGAGUUGACUGACGAACAGCAAGAUGAUGACGAGGAUGAGGAUGACAAGACAGAAGAGAAGAGUGAAGAAAAAUCCACCGAGAAGUCAACAGAAGCCCCAACGACGACUCAAGCCCCUACAACGACGGAAGUCCCUACUUCUACUGAGGAGUCCACCACAACUGAGACCACCACCGGUAUGCCACUGCCUUGUGCCUCAGGCAUCUGUGGCGGUGGUGACUCUUGCCCUAUGGGUCCCGGGCCAGGAAAGGAUGGAAAGAUGUCUGACGAGGGAGGAGUCGUUGAUUGUAAGGACAUUCCUACCUCUACAACCGACGGACCCUUGCCGACUAAGCCUGGUGGCUUCAAGGAUCCCUUCAACGCGCCUCCUACCUCCCGACCUAGUUCUGGUCCCUCCGAAAAGAGAGAUGCGCCUCUAAACCGUCGCACAUUCGCCGAUGAUACCUCUCCUAACGCUGCGUAUGUUGGCUCCUUGAAUCCCAUUUGGGUUAGUCAGCAAGGAGACACAUCGGGUCACUGGUAUAACGCCCCCGGCCCGGCAGGCAGGGGCUCGGCCGGAGUCAACGGUAUCUAUGGCUGCACAGCUGUUAUGAUCGUUUCGAACGUGGGUACCUAUCUCUCUCACAUCUGGGAAAACCCCGUCUUCAUUGAUGGAGAUUGGAAUUUUAAGCCUGAUGACGAAUUUGAGGCCAAGGCCUUCAACGCUCUUCGUGACGGCACGACUGACGGGAACGCAUUGAGUGUCACUUCCCUUAUCGGCACAGACGAAAACCCAGGUUAUCUGCACUCUUUUAACGAGCCCAAGGUCUUCAUCAUCACCCCCUUUACUAGUCUUGCUGAUACCACGUUGUACGGUAUCAACACACUCUAUCGUUACGAGCAGCGUGCAAAUGAUUUGGCUACCAAACUGACAGGCAUCAUACCCGGUGCCACAAGUCAGGUACUCGGCUACAUCCGCACUGACAAAGACCAGUCAACCGAUAUAUUUGGAUACUGGGGUCGUGCGAUUGUUGAAUUCGAUAUGCUUGAGCGGGUUAUCCAGAGCGCUGAAGAGGAUGAGCUCCUGGGUCUAGGUAUGGCUAUGGGUCGUUGGAGGCUUUGGGUUGAGGAUAACCUAGUCACUUCGCAUGAGUUUUUUGUCUUCCCUCCUGCUGCCCCCGCCGCCCCCGCCGGCGGCCAGCGGAAGCGGGCCGAUGAGGAUGCUGCUCAUAGCUGUUUGGUACGCGGCGACGCGACCGCUACAGCAUCAUCUGGUCCCACAUCCACAGAGGCUGUCACUUCUGAUGCUACUUCUGAUGCUACUUCGGCUGCCGAGACAUCAGAGAGCACGGAUGCUUCGGUCGAUCCUACGUCUACAGAGGAUACUAAGAGCACUGAGACACAGGUCGGUUCCACUACCGAAACCAAGAUCGACGAGACCACUUCCAAGGAGGCCACUGCUGAGGAGACCACCACAGCUGGUGAGACUACAACCUCACCCCCUACCACUCUCAUGACAUCCUUCAUCACAACGACCUCGGCCCCCGAUACCACCUCUGACACUUAUACCGGCCCUUACCCUUGUGUCAACUUUGGCGGUCCCCGAGUCGAGACUCCUCACUGCCAGUGCUCAACCACAACUGCUGGUCAGGUAUUUGUCACUACGGCCGCUCUCAUCUCUGGCCAGUGCCAUUACUACCACGAGUACCCAUCUCCCGUCACUCUGGCCCCCACCGAGGCUCCUCCUCCUCCAGAGCCUACCCCCUUCACUACCACUAUGGAUAAUGGCGCUAUUCUAGCAUACCCUGAUCAGUCCGUCAAGGUCGGCAACUACCCCGGCGGGUCUUACACUUAUACUCAAGGCUCGGGCACUGCCUCGACAAUUCGUCCCGCCGACCCCGUACAGACUGACGGUAACAACAAGGGGUCUAGCCAAUGCCAUUCUAUCGACAACGCAUGCGAUCGUGCGAUUGACAACUUCAGGGAUGAUGUCAUCUACACUGAGUUCGCUUCAUACUAUGCUCGCAUUAAGAGCGGCUUCAUCAUUGUUCCCACCUUUGGUCAAGCUGGUUGUGUUGUUGAGUUUGACUGUAAUGACUGGAGUGUCGGUGGUCUGAACGGGAAGCAGAUCAAGGAGGAGUACCAGUACAUGAAGGAUAAUACUGGCGUAAGCAAGUGUGGUACUGGCUAUAUGUCCAACACUUGCCGUGUCACAGCCAAUUACUGUACCAACUGUAACGAGAGGCAUCAGCAGAUUGACUAG